GCCCUUGUUACACUGAGUAUACGCUUCUUGUAACUCUUUUUUCCUCGAAAAAAAAAAAACUUUGUUGUUCUUUUAUUAACAAUAUGAGUGUAGAGGCAGGAAAGAAACCUAUUAGAGUUUGGGUCGAUGGUUGCUUUGAUAUGAUGCAUUAUGGUCAUGCCAAUGCUUUGAGACAGGCCAAAGCUAUGGGUGACAUCUUGGUAGUAGGUGUCCAUAAUGAUGCUGAUAUUGAAAAGAACAAAGGCCCCACUGUGAUGAAAGAACAAGAAAGAUAUGCAGCUGUAGCAGCUUGUAAAUGGGCUGAUGAAGUUGUUCCUAAUGCUCCUUACAACACAACAGUCGAUAUUUUAAAGGAAUACAAUAUUGAUUUCUGUGUUCAUGGUGAUGACAUUACAACCAUGGCCGAUGGCACUGAUUGUUACCAAGCUGUCAAAGAUGCCGGUCUGUAUCGUGAAUGCAAGCGUACAGAAGGUGUGUCUACAACAGAAUUAGUGGGACGUAUGCUUUUGAUGACCCGGGAUCAUCAUAAACGUAGACCCUCCAAUACAGCUGCUCCUUCCAUCAUAUCCACCAUUGAUACCAGUGUCUUGGCUCCCUUUAGUGCCAAUGGAUCCAAUUUAGCUACUGUUUCUCAUUUCUUGCCUACUUCCCGCCGUAUUGUUCAGUUCUCUGAAGGACGUGAACCUAAACCUACAGACCGUGUUGUCUAUGUGGAUGGUACGUUUGAUUUGUUCCAUAUUGGUCAUAUUGAAUUCUUGAAGCGCGCUAAAGAACUUGGUGACUUUUUGAUUGUGGGAAUCCAUGAUGAUCAGACAGUGAAUGCUAUCAAAGGAUCCAAUUAUCCUUUGAUGAAUUUGCAUGAACGUGCCUUGAGUGUAUUGGCAUGUCGUUAUGUGGAUGAAGUGAUUAUUGGUGCACCUUAUAGUGUCACUAAAGAGAUUUUGAAUGGUGAGUACAAUGUGUCUGUGGUGGCUCAUGGCAAGACACAUUUGGAGCAAGAUAUGGAUGGAAAAGAUCCUUAUGAAUUGCCUAAAAAGCUGGGUCUGUAUCAAGAAAUUGCUACUCCUAAUUCAACCAUUACCACAGAAGGAAUUAUUAACCGUAUUAUCGAGAACCGUAAAAUGUUUGAAGAAAGACAAAAGAGAAAGAAUGCAAAAGCUGCUUUAGAACGUCAAAAGGAAGCUGAAGAAAAGCUUGCUAAAUAAAUAAAUAAAAAAGUUUGUAAUACAAUACAAAACAAGGAAAAAA